AUUGCUGAAUUGUAUAGGAAAGACCCUUUUAAUCUGGAACUUGCCCUUGAAUACUGGUGUCCAUCAGAGCCUCUGCAGACAUCUACCAUCAUGGGGUCCUACCUCGGAGUAGCUCACCAGCGACCCCCUCAGCGCCAGGUUGUCUUGUCAAAGUUUGUUAGGCAAAUGGGAGAUCUCCUUCCUUCCACAAUUUACAUCCCAUACUUGAAAAUGCUGCGGGGACUGGCUAGUGGGCCUCAGUGUGCUCAUUACUGCUUUAGUUUGCUAAAAGUCAAUGGCAGUAGUCAUGCGGAAAACAUCCAAGGAGCAGGUGGCAGCCCUGUCUCCUGGGAGCAUUUCUUCCACUCUUUGAUGCUUUAUCACGAGCACUUAAGGAAAGACUUGCCAAGUGCAGACAGUGUCCAGUAUCGUCACCUGCCUCUCCGAGGAAUCACACAGAAAGAACAGGAUGGAUUAAUUGCCUUUUUACAGCUGACCACUGUUAUAGUAAAUUGGAGUGAGAACGCUCGCUUGGCUCUUUGUGAGCACCCUCAGUGGACACCAGUAGUGGUCAUUCUGGGACUUCUGCAGUGCAGCAUUCCUCCUAUUUUGAAAGCGGAGCUUUUAGAAACCCUUACUGCUUUUGGAAAAUCUCCUGAAAUAGCUGCUUCACUCUGGCAGUCCCUGGAAUAUACGCAGGUACUACAAACUGUGAGAAGUCCAGGCCAGAGACAAGCAAUUGGUAUUGAGGUUGAACUGAAUGAGAUUGAGUGCCGGUGUGAGGAAUAUCCUUUAACCCGUGCCUUCUGUCGACUCAUCAGCACACUAGUGGAGAGUUCAUUCCCCUCUAACUUGGGAGCAGGUCUCCGCGCACCAGGCUUUGAUCCCUAUCUCCAGUUCCUCAGGGAUGCUGUGUUUCUCCGAUUCCGCACCAGAGCUUACCGGAGAGCUGCUGAAAAAUGGGAAGUAGCUGAGGUAGUUCUGGAAGUGUUUUACAAAUUGCUGCGGGACUAUGAACCUCAACUUGAAGACUUUGUGGACCAAUAUGUGGAGUUACAAGGAGAAGAAAUAAUAGCAUAUAAGCCACCUGGAUUCAAUUUGAUGUAUCAUCUAUUGAAUGAGUCCCCAAUGCUGGAACUAUCCCUUAGUUUGCUAGAAGAAGGAGUUAAGCAGCUUGAUACUUACGCUCCAUUUCCUGGGAAGAAGCAUUUAGAGAAAGCUGUACAGUAUUGCCUUGCACUUCUAAACUUAACCCUACAGAAAGAAAAUCUUUUUAUGGAUCUGUUGCGGGAGAGCCACCUUUCCCUUAUUGUCACACCGCUGGAGCAGCUGCUUCAAGGAAUCAAUCCUCGCACUAAAAAGGCAGAUCAUGUGGUGAAUAUCGCUAGGUAUCUUUGUCAUGGAAACAGCAAUCCUGAACUGGCUUUUGAAAGUGCUAAGAUUUUGUGCUGUAUUUCUUGUAAUUCCAACAUCCAGAUAAAGCUAGUUGGUGAUUUCACACAUGAUCAGAGUAUUAGCCAGAAGCUGAUGGCUGGGUUUGUGGAAUGUUUGGACAAUGAAGAUGCAGAAGAAUUAAUUAAUCCAGAGGAGGAGCUGGAGCCUGAAAAGAAGCGGGCACAAAUCCAUCAUGAAACAAGGAUCCAUAUUCUGAAUCUCCUUAUCACCUCUCUUGAGUGUAGUCCUCCCAGCCUUGCUCUGUAUCUCUUGGGAUAUGAACUAAAGAAACCUGUCAGCACUACAAAUCUGCAAGAUCCAG